AUGGAUCGUGCAGUGUUUAUGUCUUUAGCAGACGAAUUGCGACCCUUUCUUGAACCUGGCCAGAGCCCAAGAGGACUUGAAGUGCUCUCAGUUGAAAAACAGCUUGCUAUGACCCUAUACUUUUUAAAGGAUCAAGGCUCCCUUAUAAUGACAGCAAAUGCGUUUGGAGUUGCUCAUUGCACAGUCUCCGUGGUCGUUAGGAAAGUAUGCGACUUAAUCACUAAUGUUUUAGGUGCAAAGUACAUAAAAUUGCCCACUACCGAUCAAGAAAUGAAGGAUGUGAUUGAUGGCAUGGAAAAUAAAUAUGGAUUCCCACAGGCUUUUGGAUGCGUGGAUGGCACACAUAUUCCCAUUGCACAACCGUGUGAGAAUCCCCAUGACUAUUUUAACUAUAAGCUGAAGUACACAUUGAAUGUUCAAGGAGUUUGUGACUGGAAAGGGCUAUUUUUAGAUGUUGACAUCAAAUGGCCAGGAAGUGUACACGAUGGAAGAGUCUUUGCUAAUUCAAGAAUAAACAGACUGUAGAGAGAGAAAAGACUUCCCAUGUACUAUAAAGAACUCCUACCAGGCCAGGAAAAGAUACCCGUUACACUACUGGGUGAUCCUGCUUACCCACUGCUUCCUUACUGCAUGAAGGAAUUUCCGAAUGCUCGUUCAAAUGAAGAGGUCAUUUUUAAUAAUAUGCUUCGGAGUUCUAGAAACCCAAUAGAGUGUGCUUAUGGCCGUCUCAAAGCAAGUGGCAAAUAUUGA